GUUGGAAUCCUUGCCAAGACCUACAUUGAUCAAGGGCAGCUUAUUCCAGAUGACAUCAUGACACGACUGAUGCUGAAUGAGCUAAAAGGUCUAGAUCAGUACAACUGGCUAUUAGAUGGUUUCCCCAGAACGGUUGCUCAGGCAGAAGCCCUGGAUAAAGAAUGUCAAAUAGACACUGUGAUUGACCUAGAUGUACCAUUUGAGACCAUAAAAUGUCGGCUCACAGCACGUUGGAUCCACCCUGCUAGUGGCAGAGUCUACAAUCUUGAGUUCAGUCCUCCCAAAGUGCAGGGCAUUGAUGACAUUACUGGAGAGCCACUUGUUCAGCGAGAUGAUGAUAAGCCAGAGACGGUUACCAAGAGGCUGCAGGCUUAUGACGCACAAACAAAACCUGUUCUAGAAUAUUAUCGGGAAAAAGGAUUAUUGAAAUCCUUCUCUGGAACAGAAACCAAUAAGAUCUGGCCACAUAUUUAUGCUUUCCUCCAAACCAAGUUGCCAGAUGUGAGCCAGAAAGAUGCUGCCACUCCCAGAAUGUGGUCAUCACUAGUACUAUAA